CCUCUCUCUCCUCCUCCUCCUCCUCCUCAAAAGAGAUGGCCACUACUGACCACAGGAGGGAUGACAAACAGACACCUGUUGAUUUAGCGAACAGUACGACGGAUAUGCUUACGUGUAACACAGAGUCAGGCGAAAAAGAUGAUGACAAGGAGGAAUGCACAGAAGAAGGUGAUGAUAUUGUGAAACAACGACGACGACAGGGAAGAUCUGGCAAGAAUGUCUUGUCUUCCUCUUUCUCUUCCUCUCUCUCCUCCUCCUCCUCCUCCUCCUCAAAAGAGAUGGCCACUACUGACCACAAGAGGAAAGACAAACAGACACCUGUUGAUUUAGUGAACAGUAUGACGGAUAUGCUUACGUGUAACACAGAGUCAGGCGAAAAAGAUGAUGACAAAGAAGAAUGCACAGAAGGAGGUGAUUAUUUUGUGAAACAACGACGACGACAGGGAAGAUCUGGCAAGAAUGUCUCCUCGUCUUCCUCUUCCUCUCUCUCCUCCUCCUCCUCUUUAAAAGAGAUGGCCACUACUGACCACAGGAGGAAAGACAAACAGACACCUGUUGAUUUAGCGAACAGUAUGACGGAUAUGCUUACGUGUAGCAAUGAGUGGGGCGAAAAAGAUGAUGACAAAGAAGAAUGCACAGAAGGAGGUGAUUAUUUUGUGAAACAACGACGACGACAGGGAAGAUCUGGCAAGAAUGUCUCCUCGUCUUCCUCUUCCUCUCUCUCCUCCUCCUCCUCUUUAAAAGAGAUGGCCACUACUGACCACAGGAGGAAAGACAAACAGACACCUGUUGAUUUAGCGAACAGUAUGACGGAUAUGCUUACGUGUAGCAAUGAGUGGGGCGAAAAAGAUGAUGACAAAGAAGAAUGCACAGAAGGAGGUGAUUAUUUUGUGAAACAACGACGACGACAGGGAAGAUCUGGCAAGAAUGUCUCCUCGUCUUCCUCUUCCUCUCUCUCCUCCUCCUCCUCUUUAAAAGAGAUGGCCACUACUGACCACAGGAGGAAAGACAAACAGACACCUGUUGAUUUAGCGAACUGUAUGACGGAUAUGCUUAUGUGUAGCAAUGAGUGGGGCGAAAAAGAUGAUGACAAAGAAGAAUGCACAGAAGGAGGUGAUUAUUUUGAGAGUGAAUCUGACAUCAUCGAUGAUUCCUUUGAUGAGGAUUUUAUUCCAUCCUCCUCAGACUCAGACAGUGGGUCGGAUGUCUUUCCACUUGUCAUAUCAAAGUCGGGCAAAAAACAACACCAUAAAAAUCAGAAUGGGGGUUACAAUGAAGAUGAUGUAGAUAAACUGACAUCAAGGAAAGAGAAGGAAACUUUAUCAUCACUUCAGAAAAGUAAAUCUCCUGGAUCGGUGGAAGAGGAGAUUGUUGUUCUUCAGACCCACAACAUAGGGUCUAGAAAAUAUGACAAAAAGCACCUCUGUCUUUUCUGUGAUCAACGCCAAGCAAAGCUUCCACGCCAUUUAGCAUCAAGACACAAGAAUGAAAUUGAAGUUGCAAAAUACUUAGCGGAAAAGGAUUCUAGAGUGAAAAGAGAUAUGCUUACAAGGUUAAGAAACAUAGGAUCACAUAAACACAACUUGGAAGUGAUUAGAGAAAAAAAAGGUGAAAUUAUGGUUGUGUAUAGGCCGUCAGAAACUACACACUGGUCCGAGUACAGCCCCUGCCCAUUUUGUUAUGGAUAUUAUGCAGCUAAUGUUCUGUGGAAGCAUGUAAAAAGGUGCAAUUUUGCUCCAGAGCUACGGAAGCAUGGGAAGAUCUUAGAAAACAGCCGAAUUCUUUUACCUUGUGGUGAAAACAGUGUAAGUGAUGGAUUAAGAAAAAUUCUUUUGACAAUGAAAGACGAUGCUGUGUCACUUGUUGUUAAAAAUGAUACAUUAAUAAGACAACUAGGACAAAAGUUAUCAUCAAAACACGGAAACAAUAAGGAAAACUAUCACUACAUAAGAAACACCCUGAGAGAAAUGGGACGGUUACUAAUUUGUGUAAAUAAAAAAACUGGAUCAUCCAACGAACUUGCAAAUUUUAUAGAUCCAUUUCAAUUUGAUUUGCUUGUUAAUUGCACACGGGAAGUUGCUGGAUGUUCUAAUGAAACAUCUCAAUUUAAAACGCCCUCUUUAGCAUUGAAAAUAGGGUGCUCACUCAAAAAAUGUGCAGGCAUUUUAAAAGGAAAUGCUCUGAUAACAGGAGAUGAAAAUUUAGAAAGGAAAGCUGCCAAAUUUAUGGAACUCUAUGAUCUCAAAUGGAAUGAAGAGGUUACAGCUCAUGCCCACCGAACUUUAAAGGAAAUGAAAAGGAAUCAAGUCCAACUCAUUCCACUUACAGAUGAUGUUAUGCUUUUGAAUGAUUUCUUGCAUAAGAAAAUUCAAGAAGCUCAACAAAAAUUGACAGAAAACAAAAACAAUAAAGAUGCAUGGUGUCAACUGAGUGAGGUGACCUUAGCCCAGCUGAUAUUGUUUAAUCGAAGGCGCCAGGGAGAAGCAUCAAAACUGAAAGUAAAUGAUUAUCUGAAAAAACACACUGCAAGACAAGAAGAUGUACUAUUGGGCCUGACAAACCUAGAGAAAAAACUGUGUUCAAGCCUUGAAAAGGUAGAUAUUGUUGGCAAAAGAGGAAGAACAGUACCAAUUCUUUUGACGAACAAAGUUAAAAUGAGUGUAAAUGUCCUUUUGGAGACGAGAGACAUCGUUGGCGUACGCCCAGACAACCCAUAUGUCUUUGCAAGAGUAAACAAUUCAAUGGACCACAUCCGAGGCUGUGAUGUUAUAAGAGAAUGUUCCCUCAAAUGUGGAGCAAAACAUCCGGAACUACUACGGUCAACCAAGUUGAGAAAACAUAUUGCAACCUUAUCUCAAAUAUUAAACUUAAAAGACAAUGAGUUGGACAUUCUAGCCAACUUUCUUGGACAUGACAUUAGAACUCACAGGGAAUAUUAUAGACUACCUGAGGAGUCUCUUCAAGUAGCUAAAAUGUCCAAACUAUUGUUUACCUUAGAAAGAGGAGAAAUGGGUCUUCAAAAAGGCCUUACCCUAGAGGAGGUUUCUGUUGACCCAGAUGAAGAGGUUGAGAUGCUGGAGGAGGAGGAGGAGGAGCUGGAGGAGGAAGAGGAGGACCAAAUUUGUGAAGUACAUGAAGCACAAGGAUUGCCGGUUAAAGAAACGAUUUCAAAAAAAACCACUAGCAGUAAUGAGAUGACUAUAGAGACUCCUGUUGGAAAGAGAGUACCAUGGACAGAAAAAGAAAAAGAAACUGUCAUUAAGCAGUUCCAAAAAUACCUCCUCCUGAAGAAACUGCCUGGGAAACGAGAAAUCCAAAACUGUAUAGACACGGAAAUAGUUUUAAGUAGAAGAACUUGGCGAAAUGUUAAAGACUUCAUUAGGAACACAAUUACAACAACAGAAAGGAAAAAACUCAUUCAUGUAUAAGAUUUUAGUAACCUGUCUCUGCAUAUCAAUCGUUGAAGCUUGAUGACUGACUUGUGCUAUGAAUUUUUUUUUUAUUUUUCUCAUACGCAAUUACAGCUCUAGACCACUGCAGACUAUUAAAUGUAGUAUGUACAAUAUUAGGAGAAAUUGAACAUUUCAACAAGUUAGAUAAUGUCUGUACUUGAUAUAGCUGAUGCCUCUUAGUUACUUCUCCGUCUGCUCACAACUUUAUUGGCUCAAAUUGAAGGCACACUUUAAAGCAUUGAUACUGAGACCUAAUACACAUUUUCAGUGAAUUUUGUUUCACAAACACAUUUUGUUUAACGAUCGCAAAUGUCAGAUAUGCAUGCUAAGUACAUGUAUAAAGCUUGCUUAUUACAUUUGGUUAUGUUUUGACUUAAACGGUGCAUGUCAGCUUUAAGUACUGCAUUUAUUGUCUCUAUAUAGACCAUUUAUGAAAGAGGUAGAUGCACUUAAGGAUCAUCGUUCUUUUUUUUGUAGAAUGAACAGGUUUACAUGGAUUUUUUGUUGGACAAUUAUUCGCAUAUCAUGUUAAAAUGUACAUGUAUCUAAAUAUGAAAUGAAAGGUAAAAAGUGCAGACCAGAAACACCAAAACUUGGAGACCAUGGCACGUUAGGAUAUGUUACUUGAGACUAACAAGGUGUAAUAUAGUUGUAAUACAUAGGGACAAUAUAUGUGUAUGUGUCUUCUGAGGAGAGAGAGAGAAAGAGAGACUGCAAUCAUUUAAAAUCCGGGUUGAAUGAUGUAAUAUUGAAUACACUAUGUUUUACAAUGUAUGUCGUACUUAAAUUCAAAGGAAUUUGUCUAGCUUGUCUGUCUGCCUGCAACUUUAAUCCUCGACAAUGACAUAGAAGAGAUUUUAUAUUUUGGUAAAUGAUAGAGGUGGAGUGUCAAAUUAUUUUUUCGCAGAUGUUGUUUGUCGAUAGCAUUGCGUUUCUAUUUGUAUUGAAUCAGGAUAAAUAAAUGCUUGUCAAUAAUUUUCAUAAUAAAAUGUAUUGAUACUUUU